AUGCCUGUCGUUUGGGAUGACAAGGCUGAUGCCAUGCUGCUCGCCUCUAUCCUAGCAACCGCAAAUACAAAAGUAGACAACGUAGCCGUCGCUAAGAUGAUGGGCGGCGAAUACAAUGCCCUAGCUAUCAGAAACCGCAUCGCUCGCAUCAAGCUGAAGGCGAGAGCCCUGACUGACGAGGUUUCCACUCCGCCGAAUACUCCCCACAAGGCCACAAAGCAAGCUGCUGGAAAAAAGCGCAAGGAGGUCAAGGACGAAGCUGGCGCCGAGGAUAAACCGUCCGCCGACAAGCCAACUACUUCUACGAAGAAGGCCAGGAAAGCCGUCAAGGCUGAAGUGGUGAAGGAGGAGAAUGAAUGUUAA